AUGCCACCACUCAAGAUUCUCAUCUCCGGCGGCGGGGUCGCAGGUACCGCGCUCGCUUUCUGGCUCUCAAAACUAGGCCAUUCCAUCACCGUCGUCGAACACUACUCCUCUCUCCGCACAACUGGACUCCAAAUCGAUCUACGAAGCCAUGGCGUCGAGGUCCUUCGCCGCAUGGGUCUGGAACCAGGUUUCCGCGAACGAAAAGCGCCUGAAGAAGGCAUGCAGUUCAUCGACGCUCAGGGACGGAACAGAGGAUACUUUGGUGCGGCCACGAGCGGUGAUGGAAACCAGGGAAUCACGAGCGAGUAUGAAAUCAUGAGAGGUGAUCUUUGCCGACUCAUCUAUGAUGCUACGCAUGGAAAGGCAAAGUAUGUGUUCGGGAGUUCAAUCCAGAGUUACUGCGAAGUAGAGAAGGGUGUGGAGGUCGAGUUCAAGAACGGGCAGAAGGAGCGGUAUGAUCUCGUUGUGGGAGCCGAUGGAGUGUGGUCCUCCCUGCGAAGAAUGAUGAUGGGCGAUGAAGCCGGCAAGAAAGCCUUCCACUUCAAGAACGAAACGAACGCAUACCUCACCUACAAGCAACCGGUGGAGAAAGGCGAGCGCUACGUAGGACAGAUGUACAUCGGUACCGACAAGCGAUCUCUCCUCAUCCGCCGCCACAACCCCCAAGAACUCCAACUGUACCUCCUCCUCUCCCGCCCCGACGAAAGAAUCGCCCGCGUCAAGCGCGGCGACAUCGAAGAAGAAAAGAAAGCCUUCCAAGAAAUCUACCAAGGCGCCGGCUGGAGAACCAACGAGCUCCUCGAAAAGAUGAUGACGUCCGAAGACUUCUACUGCGAACGUCUAGGCAUCGUGAAGAUGGACUCCUGGUGGCGCGGCCACGUAGCCCUCGUCGGCGACGCCGCCUACGGCCCAGGAGGCUCCGGCAUGGGAACCACGACCGCCAUGGUCGGCGCGUACAUCCUCGCGGGCGAGAUCGGCGUGCACUGCAAAGACGGCGAUGUCGAUGGCAUUCAAGCGGCCCUCGCGGCCUACGAUGCCCGGUUUCGACCUUUCAUGACGAAACUCCAUGCUGGGCUUGAGAGUGAGGGGCCCGGAUGGUUGUUCCCGUCGAGUGCGUGGGGAAUCGCGGUGUUUCAUGUGAUUGUGCAACUUUUUGCGACGUUGAGGUUGGAUAUGAUUGCGAAGUAUUUCAUGUGGGAGACGCAGUAUGGGUGGGACUUGCCGAAGUAUGAGGGUUUGGAGGAGGCGUUAGAGAGGGAGAAGGAAAAGGGGAAUUGA